UACCUAACUCUAGAAUCACCGGAUAUGAUCUGAGCAGACAGAAAAAUACCUGAGUUGACUGGGAGUGUGAUAGUGUUCAAGAUUCUAAAAGAUGCCUCGAAUGGUUCUUCUGGUAAAGGGACAGUGGGUGAAAUCGCAUGAAGGAUGGAGGUUUGCGGAAGAUCCUAACUUCGAACCCCGUCAUAUAAUAGUAGGGAACAGCGACCAGGUUGAAGCAGUUAAAGACCUAGUUAGGUCUGUUUUUACUAUACGAAGACAUACCCCUAUGGUCAUUACCUUCCAGCUCCCACAAUGGAUGGUGGAGCACGAAGGCGAUUCGUGGCCUCCACACAACAUCCGCACCAAUGCAGACUUUGAUAUGCUGAUGAGCGUCCAUGAAUGGAAUGUGGAUCCCAAACUUUGCGUGAUUAUUGGGGCAGAAGAUGUUGCUACAUACCAGUUUAGGUGCAGAACACCCUUUACUAUCGGAUCUCGAGCUUUCCUUGCCGAUGGAGGCAAUGAGGACCAACACAUGGCGAGCGUUUUGGAUAUGGUAAGGGGAAAUGAGCUAACGUGUAGUGAGAAUGUAAUGACCGAAAUCUUCGAGGAAGAGAAAAUGGUUUUACUUUAACGCUUCUCACUUGAGAUAGGUAAAGCCAAAAACAGUUUGAACCUGAAUUUAGGAACACCUUUGGAGACAGAUGAUCAUAUUGUUCCUACUAUUCAAAACCACCAAAUGCAGUCACAAGGUCAAGCGGUACGGUCUGCACCAACUCCAGAGUUUAACUCACAAGUUUGGGGGCGUCAUCUCAUGAUACAUACUACUUCUAUGUUUGGUUAUCAAUCCUUCCCUCUCGGUGUAUCCAUGAGGCCGUCUCUUCCUCCGAAUUUGUACGACCGACAGCACUAUACUCCGAACUGGGGAAACUUGGAACUAAUCCCAGGGUAUUGGGAGAACAUGAUGUCUUCUGCUUAUUCUGUUCAGCUGCAGAGAAUUUAUGGUGUACCCGGUUCAGAAAACGUUGGUUACCAACACAGUGACCUCAACAUUGGAAACAGAUGUGUUCCGCAUGCGCCUGGAUUAGACAUCCCAAUUGAAGUGUCAUCAACAGCUUCCUCAACAGAAUUGAACAACUUAGUGAAUAUAGGAGCUGACAUCAACAAUUCCACAUUGCAAAACGAGAGAGGUGCAGUAUGUCGUGAAAUAGGAGAGUGUUCUAAUCGGAUGUUGUCACACGCUCCACUCGUUGAAGAUGUGAAGAUAGAAGCGGGUCAUCCACAGAAUGCUGAAGAUGUUGAUGGUAAUACGGGUCGCAGAUCUCAAGCUUGAGCAAUCUCACCAUAUCUUGCCUUACUCCUAUGUCUCAUUUUGUUUAAUAGCAAGGAGUCCUAAGUCGAAACAAUGUGUACUAUUUUGGGUAUCUUCAGAGAUGUAUGGUAUGGGGAGGAAGUUUGUUAUCUUAGUAUCGUGCCCCUUUAAGAUCAGCUGGUGGGUUUUGUAUGAAAUGAUCGAAGCUGGUGCUGUAUAAAUAUUGCAAUUUCAGUUAUUAUAAUGUAGACAAUA